UGCGAGAAUUCGUUGACUCAGACACUCAAUCCAGUGAGACAAGAACUUGUACUUAACUGUGUGUAUAAUUCAUUUCAAAUGGUGUUGUGUUUGUCCAACCAGUAAGUUGAACUUUUACUUUCUCAUUUUUAACUUGAGUUACACGGACGUUGCCUUCGUCGUUGCAGUAUUGUCGGACAAUCGAUAUUUCGUCACAAAAUAAAAAAAUAAAACUUAUCAUCAUUAGAACAAUGGAUCUUAAUCAAAAAACUAUCUUUAUCCUUACUGGAGCAUCUAAGGGUAUUGGCAAAACUUUAGCUAUCGAAUGUUGUCGUCUAUUUAAGCCAGAAAGUUUGGCAAUUUUAUUUGCCCGUUCAGCUUCAGGUCUGGAAGAGACCCGGAAUGAGAUAAUUGCUGUAAAUAGUGACAUCACAGUCAAAGUGUUUCCAUUAGACUUGGGUGAGAUUUCAUCUGAAGAAUAUCACGAUACAUUAACUAAUGCCUUGGAUGGAGUUGGAGUUAAUGAUUUUGAAAGAGCAUUUAUUGUUCAUAAUGUGGGUUCGGUUGGAGAUGUAACGAAAUCGGCAAAGGAACUUGGUGACAUUGAAAAUUGGAAAAAGUAUUUCCAUUUGAAUGUUUUCGGAGUUUGCGCAUUGAAUACUGAAUUUAUGAGGCGAUUCGAAGAUAUUCCAAAGUUAGUGGUGAAUAUAACUUCAAAAGUUGGCAUUGAACCUUUUCCAAGUAUGGCAGAAUAUGGAGCUGGUAAGGCAGCUCGAGAAAUGUACUUUAGAGUUUUGGCUCUGGAAGAGAAAGACACAACUGUGUUAAAUUAUUCACCAGGUCCAGUUGAUACUGACAUGACAAUAAUCGUACAAGAGGAAUCUAUGAGUGAAGAAUUGAGAGAAGGAUUCCGAAGUUCGAGGGAACAAAAAACAAUAUUAACCACUCAACUAACUACUGCUAAAUGUUUGGCAGUUUUAAAGGAGUUCAAGUUCAAAUCUGGGGACCAUGUUGAUUAUUAUGAUUAAAUUGUUAAUUAUUAUUUAAAUUAAUUACUUUUAUUAGGUUAUAAAAAAAAGUCUCAAAAAUAUUUUUAAUUUUAUUCCCAUGGUGCUGUUAGAUUUAAGUUAUAUUUUUUUUUGUUUGAUUAUUUUUGAAAUAAAUACGUUCCUUUAUUUUGUUU